AUGGCCGUAACGGGAGAGGACUGUGAGGUCGAGCAGGCUCUGGUCAUCGUGCUGGCCGUCAUGAUGGCUCUGGUGGUCUUCUCGCUGGGCUGCUCGGUGGAGGUGGUGAAGGUGUGGAUGCACGUGCAGCGCCCGUGGGCCAUCCUGCUGGGGCUGCUGUGCCAGUUUGGGUUCAUGCCCCUCAUUGCCUACUUGCUGGCACUGGGCUUCUCCGUCACGCCGGUGCAGGCCAUCGCCAUCAUCAUUGUGGGCUCCUGCCCCGGAGGAAGCACCUCCAACUUCAUCACCUACUGGCUGGAUGGAGACAUGGACCUAAGCAUCACCAUGACGAGUAUCUCCACUGUGCUGGGUCUGGGUACCAUGCCUCUGUGUCUCUAUAUCUACUCCUACUUGUGGAUGCAGACGGGAGGUGUGCAGAUCCCGUACCUCAACAUUGGAAUCACGUCCAUCACGCUGAUUGUUCCUGUGCUGUUCGGAGUGCUGGUCAACUACAAGUGGCCAAAAGUAGCAGAAAUCAUUUUGAGGGUGACAAAAUUACAUUUGAGAGUAAAAGACUGUUCACUCGCUUUCUGUGUGUUUAUUUCUGAGCUGUCCAAACAGUGCAGAUCCAUCGCCGUGGAGACGGGUUUCCAGAACAUGCCGCUGUGCGCGGUGUUACUGCUUCAGUUCCUCAGGUCGUCUGACAUGGUCACUUUGCCUAUCCUGUACUUCUGCUUCCAGCUUCUCAGUGCCCUCCUGCUGGUCAUUGGUGUGUACUGCAUCCAAAUCCACAGCACUCACUCACUCUAA